GCUGAGUUUCAGCAGGGAGAGAUCUGAAACAUGCAGGUCAAGUGGUGCUUGAGGAGUGGUUUGAGAAAAACUGCUUUAAAUGCCCAAAUGGAACCUGUGUAAAAGAUAUUUGUCACUAGGAGAAGCCGCCUUUGCACCUUUUACACAACAGUGCAGUGUGGUAAUAAUAUGAGACACAUAAGAUAUUAUGAGUGCAGUCUUUGUUGCUUGCAGGCACAGGCAGUUUUGAGAUCCCUGUUCUGUGUCUCUUGGUCCACGGGGAGCCCAGGAUCCUAAAGAGGAUGUACAAAGGCAUUGGCAAUUCGACACCAUGGCUGAUCCUGGCAGGCUCGGGAGGCGUGGCCGACAUCCUCGUCACGCUGAUGAAUAGGGGCUGCUGGGAUAUGGACAGCGUUCAUGAGCUGCUGCUGGACACCUUUCCAAAUGCCCACCACAGCACAGACAUCAGUAACUGGGUCAAGCUGAUCCAGAGGAUACUCGACCACGGACAUCUCCUGACUGUCCACGACCCUGAGCAGGAGAGCUCUGAGCUGGAUACGGUCAUCCUCAAAGCUCUAGUUAAGGCUUGUAAAAGCCAAAGUCAGGAAGCUCAAGACUUUCUGGAUGAACUGAAGCUGGCUGUGGCCUGGAACAGAGUCGAUAUUGCCAAGAGUGACAUCUUUAAUGGCGAUGUGGAGUGGAAG